AUGUCUGCCUCUCCCGAGCAUCACGCUGGCUCAGCCGCCGCUACCCCCGAGCGUGAAGAGCCCGAAAAAGUCGCGACGCCUAUUGCCGGCGAUGAAGAAGAAGGCGACCAGCCCGUCGAACCUACCACUGGCGACGAUAUCGAGAAUCAAGACGAAAAAGCCGGUGGUGAUGAUGAUAUCUCCGACGAUGAAUCUAUUCUCUCCGAAGUCGACGAGGCACAAUUCGAUAACUUCGAUCCCGAGAACGUCGAUAUCGAAGACCGCGCACCACUGGAUGUCGAUGCAGAUAAUUUGAAGUUGAUCGGUCGCCACAAACGCAAGCGCGCUGAGGGCGAGGAAGAUCGCCCGCGCCGCAAGGAGGGUCGUCGUGAGAAGAAAAGCCGCCGUGCGCGCGAUGAGGAGGACGGCGAGGGCUCGUCAUCUCGACCUCGUCAGCGAAAGCAGAAGGAGAAGUCACCCGAUACCGAUGAGGAGACUUUGGAUCCUGAGACCCGUCGUCGCCGGGCUCUAGACCGCGCCAUGGACGAAGCUAUGAAGAAGCCUACAAAACGCCGCGCCCGCAAGCAGGAUGGAAUUGACCUUGAGGCCAUGGCCGAUGCUGAGAUCGAGGAUAUGCGGAAGCGCAUGACCCACGCCGCGCAGAUGGAUGCUAUCAAUCGCCAGGAGGGCAAGCCUGCUAUGCACAAGCUCAAGCUUCUACCUGAGGUGAUCAUGCUCCUCAACCGGAACCAGUACACCAACGCCCUGGUCGAUCCUGAAAUCAACCUACUGGAGGCCGUUCGAUUCUUCCUUGAGCCCUUGGACGAUGGUUCUAUGCCCGCCUACAACAUCCAGCGCGAUCUUUUGACUGCCCUGACUAAGCUUCCGAUCCAGAAGGAUGCCCUGAUCGCCAGUGGCAUUGGCAAGGUGGUCGUAUUCUACACCAAAAGCAAGCGCACGGAGCGCCGCAUCAAAGAAAUGGCUGAGAAGCUGCUGGCUGAGUGGACUCGCCCGAUUCUCCAGCGCAGCGACGAUUACUCGAAGCGGGUGUUCCAGCAAGCUGAUUUCGAUCCUACCAAAAUCACCAAGCGUGUCCCGACUACAGCUGAGAUCGUUGCUGCUGAUGCCCGCGCGCGCGAGACGCUGCCUCCCCGUCUAGCCAACCGUGCUCGCGUCGACCGCACCCAAGUCAGCUACUCUAUUGUUCCCCGACAGACCGCUGUGGCUGAGAGUCGCUUUUCCCGACCUCUGGGUGCCAGUGGCGAGGAUCGUUUCCGCAAGAUGCAAGCCCGACAAAAUGCGGCGCAGAAAGCAUCUCGUCGGUGA